AUGGAGAAAGCCAACUCUUUUCGUCUUUCUUUUGUCUUGCAAUUACUCUACUUCUCAGAGUCAUGCAUUGCCACAAACAUAAGAACUGAUCAAUCAGCUCUUUUGGCCUUCAAAGCUGGCAUUAAUCUUAACUCUUUUCAUCCCUUAACUCAAAGCUGGUCUUUUCACGCUUCAGUUUGUGAUUGGGUUGGAGUCACUUCCGGCUCUCGCCACCAUAGGGUGACUGCAUUAAAUGAAUCCAACAUGAACAUUCUUGGAACCAUUCCGCCACAGUUGGGAAACCUCUCGUUUCUCGUUUCUCUGGAUGUGAGCAAAAAUAAUUUCCGUGGAGGUUUCCCACACGAUUUGUCUCGUUUACGUAGAUUGAGGGUAAUUGAUCUCGGAUAUAAUAACUUCAGUGGAGAAAUUCCAAUGUGGUUUGGUUUCUCUUCUGACCUUCAGAUGUUAAUACUUGAUAACAACAGGAGUCUCCCUGUAGAUAUAUAUUAUCGUCUUCAAAGAAUCAAGAGCAUUUCAAUAAUUUCCAACCAGUUGAGUGGUGACAUUCCAGCAGGCAUAAUUCCAGAAAUGAUUGGUAACUUACGGAACUUGCAGCAAUUGCAACUGGAGAACAACCAAAUAAGGGGUUCAAUACCGUGGACCAUAUCCAACAUGUCAUCACUAUGGCUGCUUAAUCUCAACACCAACAAUUCAUCAGGUGUUAUACCAAGAGAAAUUGGGAAUCUUCACAAAUUGGAGACACUGUUCUUGCAAUAUAAUAAAUUAAGUGGUCGUAUACCGGAAGAGCUCUUCAACAUCUCUACACUGGGAGGGAUGUCACUUGCGAACAAUGACCUUUCGGGUAGUCUUCCAUUAGAUUCAGGCUACUGGCUAACAAAUCUGCAGCUUUUGCAUUUGGGUGGAAACAAUAUUGGUGGAGUUAUACCCAGCUCAAUCUCUAAUUCUUCAAGUCUAAAAUCUUUGACAUUUAUAGAAUUAGGGAAUAAUCCUUUGAACGGUGUUCUUCCAGAUUCUAUUGGCAAUCUCUCCAAUUCUCUUGAAUCGUUUUAUUUUUAUCAGUCUGAAAUUAGGGGUCAGAUACCAUUAGGAGUUGGGAAUUUAAGUAACUUAAACGCUUUUUCCCUAAGCAGCAAUGACUUGACUGGAUCAGUGCCAAAAACAUUCUGCAAUGUACACAAUCUUCAAAUGUUAAUGCUUGACAAUAAUAGGUUGAGUGGAACCUUGCCGGAGUGCCUUUGCAUAUUGCCAGAGUUGGGAGGGAUUGAUUUGUCAUAUAAUCAAAUUUCAGGUCCGAUACCAUAUUGCAUUGGCAAUGUUACCUCUUUGAGAUAUAUUUAUCUAUUUUCAAAUGAGCUCACUAACAUGCCUAUGGGUCUAUGGAGCCUCAAAGAUCUUGUGGACCUUGACUUGUCAAAUAAUUCGUUAAUUGGUUCUUUGCCUCCGAAUUUCGGAAAUUUGAACGCCAUAAUAUUGGUAGAUCUGUCCAGGAAUCACCUUUCAGGAAGUAUUCCAACCACAUCUUUUUGGCUUAUAAUGAGAGACUAUUCCCGAGUCACUGACAAAUAA